AUGCAGAGGAACGAUCGUGCCGGUGGUGGUGGUCGCGGUGGUUUCGGUGACCGUGGUGGCCGUGGCGGCGGCCGUGGUGGUCCCCGUGGUGGCCGCGGUGCUCCUCGCGGUGGUCGUGGUGCUCCCCGCGGUGGCGGUGGUGCCCGUGGUGGUGCCAAGGUUGUCAUUGAGCCCCACCGUCACGCCGGUAUCUUCGUCGCUCGUGGCGGCAAGGAGGACAUGCUUGUUACCAAGAACCUGACCCCCGGCGAGGCUGUUUACGGCGAGAAGCGUAUCUCCGUUGAGGGUCCUGCCAACGAGGACGGUGCUGCCACUAAGGUCGAGUACCGUGUCUGGAACCCCUUCCGUUCCAAGCUUGCUGCCGGUGUUCUCGGUGGUCUCGAUGAGAUCUACAUCAAGCCCGGUGCCAAGGUUCUCUACCUGGGUUCCGCCUCCGGUACCUCCGUCUCCCACGUCGCUGAUAUUGUCGGCCCCACUGGUAACGUCUACGCCGUCGAGUUCUCCCACCGUUCUGGCCGUGAUCUGAUUGGCAUGGCCACUCACCGCACCAACGUCAUUCCCCUCGUUGACGAUGCCCGUCAUCCUUUGCGUUACAGAAUGCUGGUCCCCCUUGUCGAUGUCAUCUUCGCCGAUGUCGCACAACCCGAUCAGGCGCGUAUUGUUGGACUCAACGCCCACAUGUUCCUUAAGGACGGCGGUGGUGUCAUCGUCUCCGUCAAGGCCAACUGUAUCGACAGCACAGCCAAGCCCGAGGUCGUUUUCGCCAAGGAGGUCCAGAAGAUGCGUGAGGAGAAGAUCAAGCCUAAGGAGCAGCUGACCCUUGAGCCUUUCGAGCGUGACCACUGUAUCGUCGCUGGUAUCUACAACCGUUCCGCAUAA